GUGUGGCUGGGCCACAUCUUGGCCGCGGGCUUGCAGCCUGACCAGGUCUCAUACAACACCCUGAUGAAGGCGGAGAUCGCCUGCGGGCGAUUGGCCGGGCUUCAGGAGCACUUGAGCGCCAUGCAGCUGCAGGGCUUGAAGCCCACGGUUCUCACCUACGGCACCGUGGUCUCAGCCUACGCUGACGCCGGCGACGUGGAUGCGGCCCAAAGCUGGUACGACAAGGCGCUGAAGGAGAAGAAGGUGAACGUCAACCUCCUAUCUUCGAUGAUGAAGGCCUAUGUCAAGGUGGGCAACCUGAAAGCGGCCGAGCGGUGCAUGCAGGAGGCCCAGGAGGAGGGCAUCGAGCCCAACCAUGUGGUUUAUACCAGCAUGAUCAAUGCCUACGCCCAGCGGGGUGACGUGGAAAGCGCCGGGGCCUGGUUUCGGUUGGCCAAGCAGCAGCGUCAGGUGCGGCUGAACCUCUGGAGCUACAACGCUAUGAUCAAGGCCUGCGCCAAGGCCGGCGACUCGCAGCGAGCGCAGGCCUGGUUCGACAUGGCAUUGUCCGAUGGCCAAAGGCCGGAUGUGGUGACCUAUACCUUGAUGAUCUCUGCCUACGCCAAAGUCGGGCGCGUGGGUGAGGCACGGAGAUGGCUGGAGCGACUGGAAAACUCCGGCGUUCAGCCCAACGUCGUGUCCUACACAGAGGCCAUCAAAGCAGGUGCACAGAGCAUGACGAGCAAGGCCCCAGGACUGCGAGAGUACCAGCUCUUCAGCAGGAUGCUCGAGCAGGGCAUCUGGCCCACCGUUGCCCGGAGCCGAGAAAACUGA